GUUGAAUUCCAAUGGCACCUCUCACAUCAAUUUUUGAUUGCACUUGACUUAUACCUUCAAAUCAGAUGGGUCGUAGCUUCACUUGUAGCCAAAUCACUCCGACACAACUCACCUGACUGGCGCCUCAAACAUGCAUGUCCGGCAUGCACUUACAUGCUAACUGAUGAAAACCAGCUACACUUCAAGAUUCUAUACACUAUGGAUGGGAAUGAUUUGUUAAAAUGUAUUCUAUGA